CUACCAUCGUCAGCCACCUUCAUCAGCCAACCUCAUCUACUCUUACCCCUCUCCUAGGCAGGACCAUCUGCUUGCGGCGACUUCCUCGCCAUGGCAGACGACGUAGCUCGCAGGGCGCUCAUGGAGACGGGCAGCGAGGAUGCAGUCACCGUGAAUCAGAGGGCACUCAUAGACAAGAUUUUGGCGAGAUACGCAGCUGAAUUCACCGUAUUUCGCGAGCUGCUCCAGAAUGCAGACGAUGCCGGAGCCACCCACUGUCAGCUCCACUUCGACACAAGUAACACCACACCUGCUACCGCCACCGGAAGCACAGUAUCUCAAGUAGCCACUUCAUCCGCCGCCCAACUACCCAGGUUCAAGGCGCCCUUGGCAAAGUGGACUUUCAAGAACGAUGGCGCCUCUUUCAGCUCUUCGGAUUGGUCUAGAUUACGGCGCAUAGCAGAGGGGAACCCGGACCCAGAUCGCAUCGGGGCUUUCGGUGUGGGCUUCUACUCCCUCUUUAGCAUCUGCGAGGAACCCGUGGUCAGCAGUGGUGAGGAACUGAUGGGCUUCUUCUGGAAAGGCGAUUCGCUCUUUACUCGCCGAGCCAAGAACCCUUCUGCUGCAACGGACUUCUCACCUUCCGGCAAAGCCUGGACGACCUUCUUCAUGUCCCUACGGUCACCUUCCCCACUCCCCGAAUCGCCUCUACAGCUGGCUCAAUUUCUGGCUACAUCUCUCACUUUCACCGCCAACGUUCGUCACAUUGACCUCUUCUUUGACUCUCACUUGCUCUGCAAGUUGAGCAAGACGCUUGAGGACACUAGACCUCUUGCAGUUCCCAGUCAUCUCAACGCUUACUCGCCGGAGAAGGUGAUGAGGGUCGAGCGGGUCGAAAGCAGGGGCAUGAAGAUCGAUGUCGAUGCAAUGGCCAUUCUAUGGGAAUCAGAACGAGAGAGGAUCAGGCUUGAGAGGGAGAAAGAGAAGAAGCCCAGCUUGACGGCAGCUCUCACCAAGUCGGGUGGCCUUACAAGUAUGUUGCAGAAUGCCUUUGGCGGUGGUAGGACCAAGGAUAAGUCUAAUGUCAUGCUCGCUCCUAGAGCUGACGCUCAAAAGGAAAGCGAGGAGGCUCAGACCGCACGACUGCUGAAGAGGCUUUCUGCCAAGGCUCUUCUGAGAGUGGCUACCAGCCACAUUGACGUCAAGGCCGACUCUGCCUUCAAGCGCGAGAUCGAGCGCUCGACCAAGAAACCGCCGCCGAGCAAGACCACCUUCAAUCUUAUCUGGGUCGGCAAAGACGAAUAUGAUGCGAGUAACGCUGCCAGCGAAACUACGGCAGCGACAACUGACGAAGUGGCCAAGGUUGCGAUUGCGGCAGAUUCCGAGGUCGGACCCAAGAUCAUCUUCGAUGGCCUCAUGCCCAACUUGAAUAAGCUCGGGAAUGUCUUCAUCGGCUUCCGAACGCAUCAAACUACUGGAUUCGCCGGGCAUGUCGCCGCCCGCUUCAUCCCCACUGUCGAGCGUGAAUCUAUCGACUUCAUCGAUCGACACUGUGCGCGCUGGAACACUGAGCUGCUAGCAAUAGGAGGCUACACUUGUCGGGCCGUCUUUGAAGCAGAGCUGGAGCUGCUGAGGAAGACGUGGACUGAUAAAGCUGAUGAAACUGGAAAGGAGAUCAGAGACCGUCUGCUUGAAAAGGCUCUGCAUACUAUGCGAUUCUUCACCAUGAAGGACUCUUCCCCUUCACCAAGAGUAUCUGCUACGUUCCUCAACUGCUUCUUCGCGUCUUCGCGCCAGAACGUCCUCACUCUCGCUUCGACUCAGGGAGUCAAGGUCUCUUCUUCUGUGCGGUUGCCGAAUGCAGUACUGCUGGAGUUCGUCAAACGUCUGCCUGUCAUUCCUCCCACUCAUAUCGAGGAAGCGUCUGAGUUCUUCAAUCAGGUGCGGUCAAGAAACCUCGUGAAGGACAUUACUAUGGAGGACGUCUUCUCUGAGCUCGGCUCGCGAGCCCUCGACGUGGAGGAGAUGGUCGCUUGUCUACGGUGGUGGAUCAAUGUCAGUCGGCAUCCUGGAUACGACACUCGGCUCAGGACUCGGCUGCUUGACUCGGCAGUCGUGAGCGUGUCGGGUGGCAAGGACGGCCAGGACACGGUCCAACCUCUGGGCUCUGUCCGACAAGUUCUGAACCCGCAACGAGUACCCGCCGACGUCUCGCUCCCUCCUAGCUGCUUGGCGUACGAAGUGUCGAAAGCUUUCACUGUCAACGAGCUCUCCACAACAUACGAUUGGGUGGAAUUGAGCAUCCCCACAUGGCUGGCUCACCUGUCUCAGAUGAGCUCGGAGGCAGCAUGCCCUGCUGAAACGAACCUCCAGCUGAGCCCGCACUUUGCCGAGAAAGUUUUUGGCGUAGUGAGCCGUUCUUGGGGCAACCUGUCCGGGAAGCAACAGGCAGAGACAAUUGAGAUCUUCUCCUCAAUGACGUGUCUUCCGACCAAGCAAGGGAUGCGACGACCAGACCAAUCCUACUUCGCCAAUGUCUCCCUCUUUGAUGAUCUGGCGAUCGUCGAAUUUCCGAAUGCCCAGAUCAAAGGCAACUUGGAGAAGGUACUGGUUGCGCUUUGCGUCAGAAAACAUGUUGAGCUGCAGCUUAUCUUCACCCGCUUGCUAGGAGGCGGCGAUUGGUCGCACGUCGAGCUUUUGACUUAUCUGGCAUCCAUCCGAGACUCUCUGAGUGCACUUGAGGUGGAUAGACUUAAGAAGACGCCCAUCUGGCCAAAAGAAGGCGAGGUCGGACCGCCUGGGAAGGAGGGUAAGCCAAAAGUCAUCCGCUACAAAGCAUCUCAGCUCUACGAGCCUACAGAGACUCUGCGAGGGCUAGGACUACCACUUAUGGAGUGGAGCAGCAAAGGAACUGCUAAGCCCUGGAGGAGCGGCAGUGAUGAGGCCAAGUUCGCUGCUGAGCUCGGUCUGCUUAAGAAUCCACCCGUCGAAAGUAUACUCGCCUUGGCGGCCUCCCAUGACGAUUCCGUUCGGUCAAAAGCAUUGGCAUACUUCCUCGACAAGGCCGCAUAUAGGGACACAUACAAAGUAGGGUCUGGCCAGAAUUUUGCCUUUGUUCCCUGCCGCCUGGCGCCGACGGACGAAGGGAAGCCUGGCGAGCUCAGCCGCUUAAAGCCUACCGAAGUCUAUACGAACGAGGCGGCUCAAGUGAUGGGCUUUCCCGUUGUCUUUGGCAUAUCUCCCACCGAUGUGCCUAAGCUUCAGCUCAGAGCAGACCCAGCUCCAGUGACUCUGAUCUCACACCUGAUCAACAAUCCUCCUAAGACUCUGGAAAGGGCAAAGCAAGUCUUUGAGUAUCUGGCCACUGUACAGACAUCCUUCUCCAGUCACGACCUCUCGGUCCUGAGGUCAGCUUCGAUCAUACCUAUUCUUAGCACGCCCAAAGCAGGCGACCAGAGCUCUUCACAAAUCAAGCUAGUAGCACCGAGCUCUUGCUACUUUGGCAGCAAUGACACUGUCGAGGCAUUCCGUUCCGUGUUCCUCUACGUUCCCGAUCUUGGUCCUCGGGCGAACUCCUUCCUCCGUCUAAUAGGCGUCUCGACCGAACCAUCCAUAGAAGAGAUCACGACUAGACUUAUCGCUGACCCUACGCGUUUCUACAAUCUGUGCGGCUCCAUUGAGGCAUACCUUGGCCUGCUGAGGCAGAUUGCCUCCAACUGGAGCAGGAUCAAGAGGCCUUUGCGCACUGCAAUGAAGGACAGUGCUUUUCUCUUGGGGUCCAAGAGGGUCAAAAAUGGAGGCCCUACGUCUGGCAAUGCUCCUGAGGCGGGCAGGAAGGCAACGGAGAAGAGUCUCCUAGACGACGAGGACGGAGAUGAAGAUGAAGGCGAAGAUGCCGGUAUGCUGGUACAUUCCCUCAAGCGACCUUCCGAGGUAGUCAUCUUCGACGAUGCCAAUGCCGGCAUGAUCUUUGGCUCCUCGCUCUUCUCGGCGCCCCAUGAAGACCUUCUUGAGCAGGGACUCUACGCCGAGCUGGGCUCGCCAAAACUCAGCACCCUCAUCGAAGAGAAGUACAUGAUUGCUGGCCGAGUACUGCCCGACAGCAAGCGCAGCAGAGAGGUGAAAGCUCUUGUCCUGGAGCGGACACCUCUCUUCCUCUUCGAAUGCCGCCAAUCUGGUAACAAGGGAGAGAUUCGCAACGAUGCAGAGUGGCUCAAGUCUGCACUGGAAGUGGUCGAAGUCGAUGGAGAUGGACUGAGACUUCAUCGCAUUCUUCGUUUCAAUGGGCUGGUGGAACAGGAUAUUCAGAAAGCUUCCGCCAUGGCUCAGCAAGAGCGCAGCGUCACUCGGACAAAGGUCAAGUUGUCUAUCGCGGGCAACAUGAACAUUGACUGGUUUGAGGUGGCUGCUGCCCUCAAUAAAUUCCUUCUGUCGAGGCAGAGGCUCCAGGAGGUAUUGCUCUUCAUGACGCUCCUGUCUACCUCUCUGAGGGAUCUCAAGAGACGAGGCUUUCACGUUGACAAGAUUCUACAGCAAAGAAGGGCCGAGCGAGAGGCUUACGAGCGUAGUCAGAUGGAGCAGCAGCGCCAAGCCCAGCUGGAAGCCUUGUCAGAACCUCCCAGUGAUGCGCAAUUCAAGGAGUGGACGCAGCAAGCCUCGGCCAUGUUCCCUGAUGCUGAUCCAGAGGGUAUCGAGUCUGCGCUGAGGCGACAGAAGGAGGACCAUCUCGAGAAGACGAUUGCUUUACUCAGCGAAGGCAAGUACGAGAAGCGACGUCGGGGUACCAGAAGUGGUGGACAAGGAUCCGUCUUUAACGCGAUGGGCGGCGAUGAUGAUGGAGGUGCCAGCACUCCACCAGGAGGUCCACCAUCGAUGGACCGGACGGGCAGCAGUAACAGUGGUGGCGGCUUCUUCUCUAGCUUCAAAGAUCGCUGGAGGAGACCAGAGUCUUCUCUAGCGUCGGGAACCUCGUCCAUUGUCCGUCCACCAGCUAUCACUGCUGCAGGUCGAUCCGCCAACGAUCAUGAGGGGCAAGGCUCUCUUGCUUCUCCUUCACCUGCUACGGGCGGAGGUGCUGGUGGAGGUAGCAAGCCACCCGAGCAGCCCUCUUCUCUCGACUCGAUCCGCCGCAAUGUCCUCUCGGCUAUCGCGCAGUCCCGGCCGGACGCCUCGACUUCCGUGCGCUCCGAAGCAAAGACGACGAAUGUCAAGGAGGCCAACAGCACCUACUGUGACAAUUCCGGCGUGGAGACUGACCUGACCCUCGCGGGUGAAGUGGCAGGGAUGCGCGUCUACCUCGGCAAAGACCUCGAUGUAGGCGAGACGAUGGCGCGCAAUCAAGGUGCGCUGGAGCGUCUAAUCAGCACGAUCUACCGUCCAGUAGGAGCGAUUUUCGGUCUAGACCCACGAAGUAUGCACGUCUUUGUCGAUACAAAAGGACCCACCAUCGCCUUUAACCGAGGAGGAACCAUCUGGCUCAAUCUCCGCUUCUACCUCGCUUGGCACGACGAGGAUGUCGCAAAGGGAGAAGUGACCGAUGCGCUCAUCUCUACCUAUUUUUCCGUGGCGCAUGAAAUUGCUCACAAUCUAGAACAACAGCACAAUGCUCAGCAUGAGUUUUACACAAGUGCACUAUGCGAGCAAUUCUUCAUGAGCUUGGCCAAUUACAUCGUCUCGGUUCAGAACAGGAAUAGGGCGGUGGGGAAUUGAGAUUGGGGAGUGGAGGCGAGGUCGGUGUGGUGGAUGGUCUCAUGUAGAUAGAUGCAAUUGUGUGGUCCCUGACGCUGUGGCUAUAAUGUAUGCGUAAUCUUUCCACGAGAGAUGCAGCGCGAUAGAGAUUAAUCGUACAUAUUGCGAUGACAACACAACCCGUUCCACACG